AUGGAAGCAAAGCUUUUAUCACAGUAUAGAGGUGUUUCCUCUGUUAUAAGAGCUGGCCAGAAAGUAACACAGAAGCCAAAAUCUUCUCAAGUAAUUGUUGGAGUGCUGGCAAGACCUGCAGAUAACAUGUCCAAAUUUACCGACCCAGGAAAUGCUUAUAAGGACACUUGGUUUGAUCAUAUCGCCAUUAACCAUCUCUCUCAGACUCUCCAAUCUACAACAGGUAUUAGAAAUAACAAGAGUGGUUAUGAUAGCUUAGUAGAGGCGGCUACGGCAGCGGCGCAAAGCUUCAACCCUAAAGAGCAACAGGAAGUGGUGCUUAGAGCUUUGGAGAAAGCCUUCCCACUGCCCAUCCUCUCCCUGAUCAGGACAUUGACUCCACAGUCCAAAUUUGGGAGGGAAUGUUUUGCCAUCUUCACCACCUUCUUUUUCACUUGGCUCAUUGGAUACUGUCAGGUAAAGAAAUCAGAGGAAGAUGGAAAAACAGAGAGGAAUGUGGUCCACAUCAAGAAAUGCAGGUUUCUGGAGGAGACAAAGUGUGUAGGGAUGUGCAUCAACCUGUGCAAGAUGCCAUCUCAAAGGUUCAUUAAGGACUCCUUAGGGAUGCAAAUCAAUAUGGUACCCAAUUUCGAAGAUAUGAGUUGCAAGAUGAUAUUUGGAGAGGAUCCUCCGGCACCGGCUGAUGAUCCAGCAUUGAAGCAACCAUGCUACAAGAUGUCAUGCAAAGCAAAGCAAAAGCAUAGUAUGGAUUGCUCCAGCUAAUUAAAGGAGGAUGUAGAUGGACAACAGUUUGAAAUAUGGUUGCCUUCUGCUAAAGUACUUCUAUCUGUAAUUUUA